UGUUGUUCCUGAACCAAGACAUCAUGAAGCGGUGUUUGUGUUUCGAUUCUCCCAGCCGUCAAACUGCUUUCCCGGCGUCUUUUUGAUCAGAUAUGUCAUAACCCAUCACAAGACAACACCAUGGAUUCACUGCUUGUAUUUUAAAGGAGAUAUAAUAUGUUUUUAAGGACUUAUACUAUGUUGUUUUACCGGCUCUGUCACCGCCUACAUUAACAUUACAUUAACGAUACAAUGUUGUGUUGUACAGUGUUAGCUAACGCCACUAGCCACCUAGCCUAACCGCCGGUAAACUUGUACCGUUGGUAUUAAUGGAGGGAGGCGACGAAAACCAAGAAACCGCGUCGAGGUUCAAACGAUUUGUGCCGGUGUUAUUCCCGGUUUACCGAACACUGAGCUGAAGAAACUGUUAUCUUUUAAAGUUUACAAGAGGAGGUGGUUUGUUCUGCUGGUUCUAUGUCUGUUGAACUGCUCCAACGCAACGGGUAUGGUGGAUGGACGUAACGAGUAUAGUGACGUAACGGCUCCUCACACACACACACACUCACUCAGCCUUAUCUCUCAGCCGCGGCUCCGCGGAUCUCCGCACACACACGGCUCAGGCUAAGUCCCGCGCUGUCUCGCAGACCCCAUUUUUAUUUUCAAGAAAAAUUUAUGGCUGAGCUUCGCCCCGGUGGCGGACCAGUCGGCCCGGUACCUGCAGGUGGGUCUGCAGCAGGUCAACUGGCUCUCCAUUAUCUACAUGAUAGUGGCCAUCCCGCUCAGCUUCGCCACCUCCUGGAUGCUGGACGUCCUCGGGCUGCGGAUCACGCUGAUCCUCGGCGCGUGGCUCAACAUGUUCGGGGCGCUGGUUCGAUUCCUCGGGACGGGGAUCUCCACUGACCCUGUAGCCCGGUUUCCCUUAGUGAUGUUCGGCCAGACGCUCGCCGCCAUCGCUCAGCCGCUCGUCAUCUUCACCCCCGCCAAGAUGGCCGCUCUCUGGUUCCCUGAUAACCAGCGCGCCACCGCCAACACCAUCGCCUCCAUGGCCAACCCUCUGGGCAUGCUGCUGGCCAGCAUCCUCUCUCCAUGGAUGACUCAAACAUCUGGAGACAUCCCCAACCUGCUGCUGGCCUAUGCAGUCCCGGCGUGCAUCAUCUGUUUCCUAGCAACAGUGGGGCUACGGAGCAGCUCCCCCCCCACGCCGCCGUCAGCCAGCGCCGAGUCCUCCGGCUCAGAGCCAUUCGUACAGGGCAUCAAACUGUUACUGAAGAACCGAGCCUACCUGGUUCUGAUGCUCUGCUUUGGGUCGGGCAUCGCCGCCUUCACCUGCUUCUCCACGCUGCUGGAGCAGAUCCUGUGUGUGCAGGGGUACUCCAACGAGUUUGCCGGUUUGUGUGGAGCGCUCUUCAUCGUGUUCGGGAUCGUCGGUGCCGGCGCUCUCGGUCUCAUCGUGGAUAAAACUAAGAAGUUCAUCGAAGCCACGAAGAUCAACCUGAGCCUCAGCGCUGUCGCCUGCAUCGCCUUCUCCGUGGUGUCUCUAAUGCCGCAGCAGAAAGUCGCCGUCGCCGUCGUCUGCUCGCUCUUCGGCUUCUUCGGUUUCUCCAUCUACCCCGUCGUCAUGGAGCUCGCUGUGGAGUGCACCUAUCCCGUCGGAGAGGCCACGUCUUCGGGACUCAUCUUCGUAUCGGGACAGGUCCAGUCCUUCCUCUACAUCGUGCUCCUGCAGGCUCUCAGCAAACGCCUGGCCGACUCCCCUCUGUCCACCUGUGGAGACGCAGUGCUCAGCUGGAAGGUGCCGAUGCUGGUGCUGGGGGGGCUGACCUGCGUCUUCUCCUGCAUCUUCGUCCUGUUCUUCAACACGAGGUACCGCCGGCUGGAGGCCGAGGAGCAGGCCACGUACAGGACCAACACCAUAAACUCCUCGCCCCCCGAGAGCACUCCCAGUGAGAGGAAGGAAACUGCUGACUGUUGACCACAGACUGACAGACAGAGGGCAUUAUGGGAGUUAUACCUGGUACCAAACAGAGAGAAGACAUUCCUUCACCCAUAAACAAGUUUUUAUGACGUUGAUGCCAAACUGACAUUUAUCCUGUUGCUACUACCAUCUUCAGAAAAUUGUAAACUGAUUUUAUUGAUAUAUUUUAUGCUUUUUUUUUACAGAAAAAUGUA